AUGUUGCUGGAGAGCUUAUACCGGAAUGAAAGUGGGAGUUUCAGUUUCGAGAACUCAAACUUGUCGAAUCUGGAAGAGAUUCUCGACGAGGCGGACAAGAAUCUGAUUUUGGAAAGAUGUGGGUGCGAUCUGAGGCCUGAGACUUUACUGACGCUUCGGAAAAGGGUGAAAGCAGCAGUUGCAGAGGCCAGGAAAAGCAAGAAUACACGGGAUGGGGAAGUUGUGGUACGAGACUAUGGCGAGCAAACCGCGAAGCAAGAACCCGAAGUGGAAGCAGCUGUUGUUCGAUACGAAUUUUCAGCUGGUUCUAGAAAGAUGACCGGGCAGAGCAAAAACAAGAACAAACAACCCCCAUUUCCACCUCCUCUUCCCGGACAGCAGGCGUUUCCAAAGACGACGUUUUACUCAGUUCAUCUGCUAGACGAGAUCAGUCAGGUAUCGAACCUCGCACUCGAAUUAUACUCAACGAUAAAGCGCGCUUUUGCUCGAUGUUUGCUGCAUCUGGAGUCCUGUCCCAUAUGUUCGGAACGUUUACGGGAUCGGAGGUUGGCUUUUCACAACAAGAGCAACGACCUUGGACGUACUGAUCAGAACUCUACUGAAGAUACUGUAUCUACUGCAGACCUAUGGUCGGACUCCUCGGACGAUGAACGAGAGGACCCAGAGCCAGACCCACCAACCACGGCGACUCAUGCUGUAAGAAAGGACAGCAAGAAGCCUACGAAGUCAAAGACUAGUUACUACACUCCUUGCGCUAUCUGUGGUUCCACGGUUUGCUAUUGGUCUGACGCAGUUCAUUGUCCGAACGCGAAGGAAUGCAGCACGGUCUUCCACCGACACUGCUUUGUACAUCGCGCUCGACAUCGAUGUCCUUGUUGCGAGAUGAGGAACGCUGUGAGAAGAAGAUAAUGGUGAAAUGCCAGAAGUUGAAGGUCAAUAAAGCUUCUUCUUCAGUCCUCAAGACUUACUCACGAUGAAAUUCGCUCUUCUGUAAUAGUAUUAAUACCCAUGAUAAUGAUUCUCAAUCGCAUUCGGAUUCUUCUUACUUAUAGACUUAACUUCUUUCGCAUGUGUGUGAAGAUCAUCUGCUUCUUUCUUUCUUCCUUGAUUCUUGAUUCUGAUUGCUUUGAAAAAAUUCGAUGUCAACAAGGACGAACUGAACGAGUUUUAUAUCUUCCACUUCAAUAUAAAUGCGUAAAUAACGCAUGAGCACCACGAGAAGGAC